AUGGCCGACGUCCGCUCCCUCCUCCGUCAGCAGCGGACCGCCCGCCGCAUAGACCAUCCCCACGCCGCAUACUCGGACGCCGGCAAGCUGCUGUGCCUGGCGUGCCACGAACCCGUCCGGUCCGAGUCGCUGUGGGACUCGCACGUCCGCAGCGCCGCCCACAAGGCCAAGGCGGCCUCCAAGUCCAUCACCGGAGGAGGAGGAGGAGGAGGGUCGACGACGACAACGCCAGCAGCCGAAAAUCAGACACCCGCCACCUCGCAAAAGAGGAAACAGCACGAGGACCACGACGCGGACGACCGGGACGCACAGAUGCUCGACGCCGCCGACACCGAAGAGGCGGCGAGGAGGAAGCGCAGCAGGAUAGACGCCGCAGCUGCAGAACAAGAUUACCCCACAACCACCACCAACAACAACACAGCCGCCGCGGCGGCCAUGCCCUCCCCCGCUGGGAGCAGCACGCCUACGACAAACAACGGAAGCCAGAACAGCAGUAGUAGAAGCGGCGGCGGAGGAGGAGGAGGAGGAGGAGGGAGGACGCCGCAGAGCCAGACACAUACCCCACCCCUGACGCGCCGCCAGUCCGGCACGCCCGUCCUCGGCGUCGAGAUGCAAAUGCCGUCGCGCCCAGCCACCCCCAACGCACCGCGUGAUGGAAACACCGUCGGGGGAGCGGCGGUGGGACUUGGCGUCAGGCAAUCAUCAGCAGCAUCAGCAUCAGCAGCUGUUACUCCGGCUUCUGCAGCCGCACCCGUAGCAGCAUCAGAAGAGACUGCCGGAGCGGCGGCUGCGCCGAUCGACGAGGACGAGUGGGCGGCCUUUGAGCGGGAGGUGGUGAAUGCAGUCCCAGCGGCGGCGGCGGCCGCGGCAGCCGACGACGGUGCCGUCAUUAGCGCGGCGCCGAUGACGGCAGAGGAGGUUGCAGCGGCGGCGAGUGAAGAGGACGGACGGGCGAAACGACGCGCUGCGGCGGACAUCGAGCUGGAAGACGAGAAGGAGGAGGCCAAGCGGGCGCUGGAGGAGGAGUUUGAGGAGAUGGAGGAACUCGAGGCGCGGGUGCGACGAUUAAAGGAGAGGAGGGAGGCGUUGAGGAGUCGGAGUGUCGUCGGUCUCAAUGCCGCUUCUUCUUCUGCUGCUGCUGCUGCUGCCCCACCCUUAAAGGUACCCAAGGCUGGAAUUAAUGAGGAACCUGCGGCUGAGGAAAGUGAGGCACCGUCCAAACCCUCCAAGGAAGGAGGCCAGGAUGAGGAGGACGAUGACGAUGAUGACGACGACGACGACGAUUUCGAAAGUUUCCGGUUGAGGAGGUAG